ACGUGUUCGGAUUUUACGGUAGGAAGUGACACAUGUUGCGAAAUUUGUCGAAAUUCUAAAAAUAUUUUACAUUAUUUAACGUCAUAUUUAAAUCACAAUGCCGAAGAAAAAUCGCGGAAAGAAGAAAGACGAUGAUUGGAACGAUGAGGAGACAGAGAAAAAAUUGGAAGAAAAAAUGAAUAACUUGGGAACAAAUGACGAUGACGAAGAGGUCAAGGAAGAAAAGAAAUCAAAAAAGAAAGAUAAAAAGAGUAAGAUCAAGAAAUUAGCAGAAUUUUUAGCAGAGGAAGAAGAAGAACCUACCGUUGAAGAAAAUCAGCCAGAGAACACUGCUCCAAAAGGGAAGAAAAAGGGAGAGAAAAAUCAGACAAAUAAACAAGGUGUCAAAGGCAGAAGAGAUGCCUCCCCAGAUGAAGAAGAAGAUUUCGAUGAUAAUGCUGAUGAUGAGCCAGAAGAGAUGGAUAGAGAUAUGGCAGGACAGAAUGGCAUGGAGGACGAAGCUGCAGAUGAAGAAGAAAAAGUAGAGACAGUGAAACCAAAGUUGAGUAAAAAAGAAUUGAAGAAGCUGAAAAAGCAGAUGGAGUAUAACAAACAGUUGGAAAGCUUGGAUCCUAACAGUAUACAUCAGUUCUCAGUAUCCCAGGCGGAGAAGUCGGCUAAAGCCGCUGUAUUAGAAAACCAGAUGGAUAUAAAGGUGGAGAAUUUUUCAAUAUCAGCACGAGGAAAGGAUCUGUUUGUAAAUGCGAGUCUUUAUAUCACUGCAGGUCGGAGAUAUGGUUUGGUAGGACCUAAUGGGCAUGGAAAGACAACCCUAUUGAAGCAUAUAUCAGGUCGUGCCCUCAACAUUCCACCAAAUAUAGAUGUACUAUACUGUGAACAGGAGGUGGUAGCGGAUGAGACGCCUGCUUUAAGAGUUGUCCUUAAAGCUGAUACAAAGAGAGAAGCACUUUUAGAAGAGGAGAAAAAACUUGUCAAAGAAUCGGAUGCUGGCAACACUAAAAACUCUGAGAGAUUAAAUCAGGUAUAUGAGGAAUUGCGAGCUAUUGGAGCAGACGCAGCUGAACCAAAAGCAAGAAGAAUUCUUUCAGGUCUAGGAUUCACAGUCGGCAUGAUGGAACGUCCCACAAAAAGUUUGUCAGGUGGUUGGAGAAUGAGAGUAUCAUUAGCAAGAGCUCUGUUUUUGGAGCCUACAUUGUUAAUGUUAGACGAGCCUACAAAUCACUUGGAUCUAAAUGCUGUUAUCUGGCUCGAUAAUUACCUACAGACAUGGAAGAAAACUUUACUUGUUGUCUCUCACGAUCAGAGUUUUUUGGACAAUGUGUGUUCAGAUAUCAUACAUCUGGAUCAGCAGAAGCUCUUUUACUACAGAGGAAACUAUGCUACUUUUAAGAAAAUGUUGGUACAGAAGCGUAAGGAGCAGUUAAAAGCUUUUGAAAAGCAAGAAAAGCAAAUAAAGGAGGACAAAGCCUCGGGGAAAUCUAAAAAACAGGCUGAAUCUAAAGCCAAGGAAGUCCUCACAAGAAAGCAGCAGAAAAAUCGAAGUAAACAAGAGAUGUUUGUAGAGGACGAGAAAAAGACGGAACUUCUGCAGAAACCAAAAGAAUAUCAAGUGAAGUUCAGAUUUCCAAAUCCAGCCCCACUAAAUCCACCCAUUCUUGGUAUAUCAAAUUGCACAUUCAGUUAUGGUAGUGGUCAAGUGCUGUUUAAGAAUUUGGAUUUUGGUAUUGAUAUGAACUCUAGAGUUGCAAUUGUUGGUCCCAAUGGUGUGGGUAAAAGUACAUUCCUGAAGCUACUGGUAGGAGACUUGGAACCUAAAGUGGGAGAGCUGCAAAAGAAUCACAGACUGAGGAUAGGAAAAUACGAUCAGCACUCGGCAGAUCAACUGAUGCCUGAUGAAACUCCCAUUGAACAUCUGCAGAGGAAUUUCAAUAUGGAGUAUCAGCAGUGCAGAAAAACGCUCGGUAGUUUUGGUCUACCAGGACAUGCUCACACAAUAAAGAACAGGGAUCUGUCUGGAGGCCAGAAAGCUAGAGUUGCUCUGGCUGAUUUGACAUGUAGACAGCCAGAUGUUCUGAUUCUUGAUGAGCCUACAAACAACCUUGACAUUGAGUCAAUUGAUGCUCUCGCUGAAGCCAUCAACGAUUUCACAGGAGGUGUAGUGAUUGUGAGCCACGACCAGAGAUUAAUUUUAGACACAGAGUGUACUUUAUGGGUGGUUGAAGAUAAAAAUAUUAAUGAAGUGGACGGAGACUUUAAUGACUACAGAAAAGAACUUUUAGAAGAAUUAGGAGAAACGAUAGCCACGCCAGGAAAUGUUGGAGCUAACUGAGAAAUUACUUCAAAAAUUUAGAAUGCCAUUUAUGUAUUCUAAUUUGGAUUUAAGAGUCUUCAUUAGGAUGAAAUAUUCAUAAAAUCAUCUAUUAAUAAAGUAAAUAGACUAGAUAGAAUGAAGAUAUAUUUUCAUAAAAUCUGGUCAACAACAAAAAGUUAUGUAGAUUCUUCAUUUCUGCCAAGAUACAAAUUCAUAAGGAAUACAACGCCAGCAAGAAGAAACUUGUAAAUAACAAGUGUUUUAUAAAAAAUAUCAGAAAUUAUGCGGACUGUAAAUUGUGUUGAAGAUCUCAUUUAUACUAUUCAGACUAUGAAGAAGACACCUCCACGGACUUCCUAUAGGAAUCAUAGAAGCUUUGUGUGAUAAAUUAUAUUAUAUUGUGUCAGUCAAAAUUGAAAUGUUUAUAAUUUUAAUAGUUUUUGCAUGAUUUCCAGUCUUCAGAAUUUAAGUUUGUAGAGCGUAUGUCUGACAAUCCAAAGGUCAAGAGUUGUAUUUCCAGUUCUCGGCAAAAGUUUGGCAGAAGGCAACACGUCUGAAGUCAUUUGUCCGUGUCUUCUGACUCAGGUGGGGAAGUUGUCAGUUAUUUGUAAACAAUUGAACAUCAUGACUUAUCUUAAAUGCAGCUAAAAAUGGUGUUCAAAACUUCUUGUAACCUGUGAAACUGCUGUAUCUUUAUAUAGAAAAAGAACUAGAUACAACAUUUUUAAGCUGCUCAUUGAAUGAGCUCAGGAAUGUUGGAGGUGCUUUUUACAACAUAUUUGAGCUGCGCCAUAAGAAAACCAACGUAGUACAUUUGCGACUAGCAUGGAUCAAGACCAGCCUGGGCAUCCGCACAGUCUGGUCAGGAUCCAUGCUGUUUGCUUUCAAAGCCUAUUACAAUUAGAGAAACUGUUAGCGAACAGCGUGGAUCCUGACCAGACUGUGCCAAUGCUGGUCGCAAACACACUAUGUUGGUUUUCUCAUAGUGAGGCUCAUAUUUGGUCCUGUAUUUAUAUCCGCUUAUUCAUUGCAAGAAAGGAAAAACAUUGUAGCUAAAUUCAGUUUGUUAGCUGAAUCUUGAUGUGACACCUAGAAGCUGAAACAGCAGCUCUAGAUCAAUGUUAACUGGUAACAUAGUAAAACAAAAACCUUGAUGUGACAAAAUGCUAUCUGAAAUGUAUUGAAAUAAUUACGUACAGGCACAUAGAAAAACACAACUGGCUUUCUCUGUAUGUUAACUUUUAAGAAAACUUCUAAAUCAACCACGUGAUGAAUAAAACAAGGACAUUGGAAAUAAUAUAAAGAAAAAAUAAUAAAAAGCUUUUGGAUGAAAAA